CGGCCCGCCUCUCUCUCAACCCCGGUUGCAAAGCAACAAGGUAAAUCCCAACAGCGCCUUGCAUCCGCCCGCCAUCUCCAUAUUAUAAGGCCAUCUGCCGCCCGCUCUUUGUGGAGUUCCUAGACAGUGAUAUUGGUCCGUCACAGCUUCCAACCGUCCGUCAAGCCUUGGGUUUUCGCAUCAUCUUGGGUGCUGUUACUCUGCUUGACGACAUCAGAAACCACUCUCGUGUCUCGUAUACGCCUGUUCACCCCGCCUGGCAAAAGCCCACAACUACAAAGCAAACUCUGUUUUUUUACUUCCCAUCAUACGAACAUCCGUAACCACUCCAGCCGAAAUGUGCACAUACUCUUCCGUCAACUAUUCAUGUGGAAAUAGGAGGAUGAUUGUCGCGGAAUGGUGCGGUCGGUACAUCAAGGGACUCCAGUCCCACUUGAGAUGUCCACCAGAUGUCCAAUACUAUACCAGAGACGAUCAGCCUUGCCCUCGAUGUCGAGAAGCAGCAGCCGACCGUCCACCCCCUCCAUGGAUGCCGAUUGACCAGCGCUCCUCGCGCAGCCCUCGUUACUGUCACUGA